AUGUCUUUGAAUAUAUCUAUCUAUCUAUCUAUCUGGCAUUACAAAUUGAAUGAAUCUAUCUAUCUAUCUAUCUAUCUAUCUAUCUAUCUAUCUAAGUCUGUUCAUUUUCUUUCUUUCUAUGUAUCCAAGUCUGUUCAUUUUCUUUCUUUCUUUCUUUCUUUCUUUCUUUCUUUCUUUCUUUCUUUCUUUCUUUCUUUCUUUCUAAGUCUGUUCAUUUUCUAUCUAUCUAUCUAUCUAUCUAUCUAUCUAUCUAUCUAUCUGUUCAUUUCCUUUCUGUCUAAGUCUAUUCAUUUUCUUCCUUCCUUCCUCCCUUUCUUUCUUUCUUUCUUUCUUUCUUUCUUUCUUUCUUUCUGUUCAAUUAAUAUCUAUCUCAGUGUCUACAUUUCUUUCUUGGUUGUUGAUAUCCCAUGUAUUUCAGCGAUCAGUGAUUUGAACCGAGUUUUCUUCUGUUCCUUUUCCAAAUUUCUUUUUUUUCUUCCUUCAUUAUUCUAUUGCUUAUAUCAUUAUUUUCUUUCUUUCUUCAUCUGCUUAAUGUUUCCUUUCUUUUGUUCUUACACUUCUUCUUUCUUUCAUUGCGUUGUACAUUUUUCAUCACUUAUUGCAUAUCUCUAUUCCUUCCAUUCUUUCUUUUAUUUUACCAUUUUUGCAAAUUUUGUAAAAUAUUUUCUUUUCUUUAUUAUUUCUUUAUCGAUUUCUUUUUGCACAUAUUUUCUUUCUUUUUUGUAUUCUUUCGUUCUCGUAUUACCACUUUCAAUUUCAGCUAUGCGUUUAUUUUUUAAUAAUUUAUCACAUCUUUCUUUCUUUCUUUUUUCUUCUCCAUUUUUUCACUUUUUGUUUUAUUCUUUCUUCCUUUCUUUCUUUCUUUUUUUCUCGUAUCGUCACUCUCUAUUUAAGUUAGGCGCUUUUUACACUUUUUGUUUCAUUCUCUCUCUUUCUUUCUUUCUUUCUUUCUCGUGUUGUCGCUCUCUAUUUAUGUUAAGCGUUUCUUUCACUUUUUGUUGGAAUUUUUAUUUCUUAAUUUCUUUCUUUCUUUUUCAUAAUGCUUACUGUGUUUUUUGUUUGUUUCUUUCUUUUUUCCUUUCUUUCUUUCAUUCAUACUUUUUUUCUUUCUCUCUCUCUAUCUAUAGUUUUCUUUUUCUUACCUCCUUUGUUUCUUUCUCUCUGUCUCUUUAUAGUUCUUUUUUCAUUCUUUCUCUCAUUCUAGUUAUUGUUCGUUCUUUCUUUCUCUCUGUGUAUUUAUAUAUUUUUCCUUCUCUCUCUAUGUAUUGUUCCUUCUUUUUCUUACUAUCUUUGUGUCAUUCUCUUCAUCGUUCUAUCUUUCAUUUUUCUCUCUCAAUCUAUUUAUUGUUCUUUCUUUCAUUCUCUCUGUUUCUUGCUUUCUUUCUCUGCCAAUUAAUAGUUCAUUCUUUCUUUUAUAGUAAUUUGUUUCUUUCUCUCUGUCUAUUUAUAGUUCUGUCUUUCUUUCGUUCUCUCUUUUUUUCAUCGUUCUUUUUUCUUUCGCUAUUUAUAGUUCUUUUCUGCUAUCUUUUAUUUUUUAUUUUUUCUUUCUUUCUUUCUUUCUUUCUUUCUUUCUUUCUUUAUUUCUUUCUUUCUUCAUGUCCUCCCAUUCAUUUAAUUUAUAAUUUCUUUUUUUUAAUAAAAAAUGGUUGCCCAAAUUUCUGUUGUCUCUCUUUUUUCUUUCUUUCAUUUAUUCUUCUUUCUUACUUUCUUCCUUUCUUUCGCCAUUUCUUUCGCUAUUUCUUGACGAAAUUUCUGUUUUCUUUCUUUCAUUUAUACUUCUUUCUUUCUUUCACCAUUUCUUUCUUCAUAUCUCCUCAUUUAUUUAAUUUAUACGUUUCUCUCUUAAUCAAUAAUGGUUGCAAAGAUUUCUAUGUUUUCUUUCAUUUAUUCGUUUUUCAUUCUUUCUUUCUUUCUUUCUUUUUUUCAUCCUUUCUUCAUUUUUCGUUCGUUUUUCUUUCUAUCAUUUAUAUGUCUUUUCUUUCUUUCUUUCUUUCUUUCUUUCUUUCUUUCUUUCUUUCUUUCUUUCUUUCAUUCACCCUUUCUUUCUUUCACCAUUUUUCUUUUUCUGCUUGCUUUCUUUCUUUCACUAGUUUUUCUUUCAUCCUUUCUCCAUUUCUUUCUUUCAAAUCUCCAACCAGUUCUAUCAAUCAUUUUCUUUCUUUCUUUCUUUCUUUCUUUCUUUCUUUCUUUCUUUCUUUUUUCGCCGGGCUUUCUUUCUUUCUUUCUUUCUUUCUUUCUUUCUUUCUUUCUUUCUUUCUUUCUUUCUUCGCCGGGCUUUCUUUCUUUCUUUCUUUCUUUCUUUCUUUCUUUCUUUCUUUCUUUCUUUUUUUCGCCGGGCUUUCUUUCUUUCUUUCUUUUUUCGCCGGGCUUUCUUUCUUUCUUUUUUCGCCGGGCUUUCUUUCUUUCUUUCUUUUUUCUUUUUUUUUCUUUUCUUUCUUUCUUUUUUCGCCGGGCUUUCUUUCUUCAUAUCAUCACAUUUAUUUAAUUUAA